AUGAGUGAGGCCCCAGAGAAGUCCACAGGUGGCAGGCUUCGCAACCGCCGCCGCAGGACAGACGACGACGACGAGAAUGAGGAGCAGGAACAGCAGCUCGAGCAGCAGAAGGUCACGCGUCGCAAGGCCCCAAAGGCAAUGGACGCCGCGCCCGACACGCAGCCUUCGACCCACGCUGACCCCGUCGCGAUGGGCGCUCCUGCAGUGCCGCCGUCUUCAGUCGCAACAGCAACAGCGGCAGCGGCAGCUGGCGGUGAUAGUGGUGCAGGAGCUGCGGUGGCUGGGCUCCAGGGUGCCACAGGUGCGGCGGAGGACAUAUUUGAGAUAGCAUACGACAGCUAUACCUCGGAGGACCUGUAUGCGCUGCUGAAGCGCCACACCCGGCAGGAGGUGGAGAAGCGUAUGGCGGAGCACGAGCAGCUGCGACGCAAGCAGCAGCAGGCGCCGCAGGUGGAGCGGUUCCUCGAUGCCACCGUCACUGCCCGUACGGGUGGCAGCAGCAGCAGUGGCGGAACGGCGGAGGAGAUGGGCGGGUACAAGUACAGCGUCAUGUUGCAGCGUCUUUUCGUCGCCCUCAACCGCAACAAGGAGAGCAGCGCCAUGUCAGAGCGCAACCAGCUGCCGGUGCCGCAGCUUGAGAAGAUUGGUAAGAAGAAAGUCAUCAUCACGAACUUUGGCCGCAUCUGCCAGGCCUUCCACCGUCCCAUUGAGGAUGUGAAGGACUACAUUGAGAAGGAGCUCUCUGUAGGUGGAAACCUUGACAGCAACGAUGCCCUCAUCCUCAAGUACGAAAUUCAGAAGGCAACGGCGUUUGACAAGAUUCUUAUCAGGUACCUCGAUGAAUACGUCAAGUGCAACUCGUGCCACAAGAUCGACACGACACUCACGAAGGAGGGGCGUCGCAUGGAGCUACGCUGCAAUUGGUGCACUGCCACACGCUCCGUGCAGGCCGUCGGAUCCGCUACGUACAGUGCGCAGGUAGGCAAGCGCUCCAAGGUCCGGCUGCAGGCACUCACGCUGUAG